AUGAGCGACAUCCGGCACUCGCUGCUGCGGCGGGACGCGCUGAGCGCCGCCAAGGAGGUGCUGUACCACCUGGACAUCUAUUUCAGCAGCCAGCUGCAGAACUCGCCGCUGCCGCUCGUGGACAAGGGUCCCACCGAUCUGCUCGAGGAAUUCCUCUUCCAGGUCCCCAAGGAGCGCGGCGCGCCGCCCAAGAGACUGACCCCACUUCAGGAACUUCAGCUCCUUGAGAUCAUGUGCAAUUAUUUCCAAGAGCAGACCAAGGAUUCAGUCCGGCAGGUCAUCUUUUCAUCUCUCUUCAGCCCUCAAGGGAACAAAGCAGAUGACAGCAGGAUGGCUUUGCUGGGGAAGCUGGUUUCCAUGGCAGUAGCUGUCUGCAGGGUUCCUGUGCUGGAGUGUGCUGCCUUCUGGCUGCAGCGCACCCCAGCUGUGUUCUGUGUGAGACUGGCCCGAGCCCUGGUUGAUGACUACUGCAACCUGGUGCCAGGUUCCAUCCAGACCCUGAAGCAGAUCUUCACUGCCAGCCCUCGCUUCUGCUGCCAGUUCAUUACAUCAGUCACAGCUCUCUAUGACCUCUCUUCAGAUGACCUCAUCCCUCCCUCGGAUCUGCUGGAGCUGAUUGUCUCCUGGAUCUUUGAAGACCCUCGCUUGAUCCUCAUCACCUUCCUGAACACUCCCAUUGCAGCCAACCUGCCCAUAGGGUUUUUGGAGCUCACCCCACUGACCGGACUGAUCCGCUGGUGUGUCAAGGCUCCCUUGGCCUACAAAAGGAAGAAGAAAGCCUCUCUCUCCAAUGGACACGCUCCCAACAAAAUUGCCAAGGACUCGACUUCAGGAGAAGACAGGGAUUGCCACCAGCUGUAUUCCAAGCUGCAUCUCAGUGUCCUGCAGGUUCUUAUGAUGCUCCAGGGGCAUUUAACAGAGAAAAAUCUUUAUGGGCGCCUGGGGCUGGUACCCUUUGACCACGUGGUUCCUCUGGUGGAGGACAUUAACAGGUUGUCUGAUGAACUCAAUCCUCUCAAUGCAUCCAAAGAGAUUGAACUUGCUCUGGACAGGCUGGCUCAGGCUUUGCAAGUGGCCAUGGCAUCAGGAGCUCUCCUGUGCACGAGAGAUGACUUGAGGACCGUGUGCUCCAGGCUACCACAUAACAACCUGCUCCAGCUGGUGAUUUCAGGUCCAGUACAGCAGCCGACCCACGGGGCUCUGCCCCCAGGAUUCUACCCCCACAUCCACACCCCACCCCUGGGGUACCCCGCGCACGCUGCGCUGCCCGCGCACCCCGCACUCCCGGCUCACCCCGUGCAGACCUUCAUCCCAGGAAUGACGUUCCCAUACCGGCCUAUCCGCUAGCCCGCACGGUGUCCCAGCUUCCCUGAGUCCGAGGAAGCCUCACAGACAAAAUCCAAACACCUGGGAACCACAUUUUCCUCUGUGGAGCAAAGCUGAGCUCUGCCCGGAGCGGGGGUUGGCUCGGGCAGAGCAGGGGGGCUGCAGUGGGUUUGGAUGUGGGAUGCAGAUGCUAAGGCAGAUCACAGGGACAAAAGGAGGGGAUGGGAGUAGGCAACAUCAAUUCCAAACCUCAGCAGUGUAUGGAAAUAUUUUUGCUCCAAGGGUAUGAUAUUCCUCAAUUGUGUUUUGCAGCAGCCGGGUGCUGUUUACAGUGUGGUGAGCCUGGCUGCUCUGGCUGUGGGAGGGCCAGCAGGGGAGGGUUUGUGUGAUUUUUUUUUUUCCAAGCUAUCCCACUCCAGCCUGCUUGUUUCUUUGUAAAUGUUUGUAUCUAUAGCUACAGAGUAUGUGUACACUGUAUAUUUUUGGAAGGCAAACGUUUGUUUCCGAAGCACAAGGUAAAGCAGCACUUCCUAUUAAAGGAAACAAUUUAAGAAGCAUAAAACCAAACCUCAGCUUCCUUUUUCAAACAAAAAUUAGAAGAAUUAAACAACUUCAAACAAUUGUAUUCUUCUCUUUCCAGUGAUUAGAAGGUCCAACUUGU